GUUGCUGUGGAGAGCAGCUUCAAGUGAAGUUAACCUGAGGUGAAGCACACAGAAAAUUGUGGAGGUUUCGUGGGAAUGAAACUGAAGUCCGCUGCAGUAAAACUGAAGGCUGUAAAAUGUUUUCUUGGUCAAACUCAGACUCUAAGUAGCUGCUCAUGAGGCUAGGGGAGGCAGGGCGCUGGUGCUGGUGUCUGCCCCAAGGCACGGGACAGCCGUCUGCUCAUCAACUUCGACUCCCAAGCAACAGCAGGAAAGACACCUGACAUAGGGAACUGGGGGCUGCUAUACAGAGAGCACCGCCAAGCAUCCACAGUGCGGCAGGAACCCUUACCAGAGUCCCAUACUUUAUCAGAGUGUGCAACAGAGGAACAUGGCUCAGGAAACAAAUCACAGCCAAGUGCCUAUGCUUUGUUCCACGGGCUGCGGAUUUUACGGAAACCCUCGUACGAACGGCAUGUGCUCAGUGUGCUAUAAAGAGCAUCUUCAGAGACAGAACAGUAGUAACGGUAGAAUAAGCCCGCCUGCUCCUGCCAGUCGCCUGUCGGAGUCACUCCCAGCCCAGUGCGCAGAUGGCAGUGGCCCCGAAGCGCAGUCGGCGUCAGACUCUUCGUCCUCAUCUAUGCAGCCAAGCCCUGUAUCAAAUCAGUCACUUUUAUCAGAAUCUGUAGCAUCUUCCCAAGUGGACAGUACAUCUGUGGACAAAGCAGUACCUGAAACAGAAGAUCUGCAAGCUUCGGUAUCAGAUACGGCACAGCUACCGUCUGAAGAGCAGAGCAAGUCUGCUGAGAAACCGAAACAGAAGAAGAGCCGCUGUUUCAUGUGCAGGAAGAAGCUGGGACUGACCGGGUUUGAAUGCCGGUGUGGAAAUGUUUACUGUGGUGUGCACCGUUACUCGGAUGUACACAAUUGCUCUUACAAUUACAAAGCUGAUGCUGCUGAGAAAAUCAGAAAAGAAAAUCCAGUCGUUGUUGGUGAAAAGAUCCAGAAGAUUUGAACUCCUCCUGGAAUACAAAAUCCUUUGACCAUCUGCAAACUAAAAAUUGACUUGAGGUUUUUUUUCCUAGUCACUGGGAAGGUAGAGCAAUGUAUCUUGCAUAGACCUUUUAAUCAUGCAUGUCAUCAGAAGAAUAGAUUUUUGUUUUUGUUUUGAAAAUGACUCUGAACAUUUAUUUCCAUUGCAGUUUCUGUGGCUGAAAAGACUUAAACUUUACAAGUAUUAUCCUUUUAAGAUCAUUUUAAUUUUAGUCGAGUGCAGAGGGCUUUUAUAACAAACGUGGAGAAAUUUUGGAAGGCUGUGAUUUUUCCAGUAUUAAACACGCAUGCGUUCCUCUUGCAGUUCAUUUCCUCGUUGUGUAUGUAUAUAUAGCUUUUCUCUGCAGCACGAUUUCCCUUCGGGUGAUGCCCUCUAGGGCACGGCUAGUUAUCAGUAACUGAAUGUAUCUUGAUCAUCAUGGCUGCUUCUGUUCUCUCAUUCACAAAGGUUACACGUGUGGUAGCUGAUAGUUUCUUUGUAGCCACUAUUUAUGUCUGAAUCAUUUGUCACAGGAGAUGAGUAUGUAUGAUGAGAUUCUUAGUUUGUGUGUUUAAAAAUUUUUUUUGAGCGAGGGAAGAAAAAGCUGUGUGCAUUUCAUUGCUGGCUGCAGAUUUCUUUCAGGUUACGCUCCUCGGUCUGUGUGUGUACAAUAUGAAGAAUGAUCUGAAGUAAUUGUGCUGUAUUUAUGUUUAUCCACAGUCUUUGAUUAAAUAAAAAGGAAAACCAGAA